AUGAAUGACCCGUGGGACACUUUUACUGUCUUUCACGGCAAUGCCAGGCUCGACAAAAGCGUACUCCAUCACAAUACAAAAUCAGUUUUCGUCGGACCUGGACUACCUCUCGUCGUCGUGGACGACACGUACGCUGACGUGGCCAAAUUUUAUCAAUGGCUCGACAAACUACGAACAGAUUUCAAAUCUGCAGGUAUUCCUGACGACUACAUCAAGCCAGUGAGAGAUCUCUUGAACAUAUUUUUCCCUAGAGAUGACCGGGGCCGAAACUUGGACCCUGUCAGAGUCAGAGCUUUUCCUGGUCCGGUUGGAACUCUUAAUCCCAUCAAGGUGCCAAUUGGACAACCAGGUCAUUUUGACUAUCUUCAGAUCACAGAUGGAGCGACAGCAUUAGCGUAUGUGUUCUCGAUAGUAAAACCUACAGUUGCCAAACCAACUUGGACGACAUACUACGGACCACUCCUCAUUAUUUUCGCCCGCUGCAUACACUUGGCCUUCGUAAUACCUUUCCCUUUCGCAGCCACCAUAGCUGAUCAAGGCGGAGUGCUCCCAUCUGACAUUCCAAUGAUGGCAGGAAUCAUGUAUCUAAUCAGCGACAACCCAGUUUUCAUGCUCAGUGCCAGCAUGAUGUACGAGACGGCGAGCACUGGGGCCGUGCAGGUUGAGCGCCAACGAAGAGCUGCCCUCCAAGAUCAAUGGCGGUUCGAAACACUACUUGGCCAGUCCUUGGAUCUUGUGCCCUGGGAGCGGGGAGAGCCAAUUGUAAAUCUACCCAAGUUUCCCCCUAUCUCGGCGAGGGAUUUGUUUCGAAACAUGUAUCUGUCAUUGUUUCGACUCAACAUCUUCCGUGACGCAAUCGUGCAACCCAUACAAGCUUCGUUACUUGCGAUGUUCAUAAACACUGCCCCACCAGAUCAAAAAGGAGCGAUUCCUCUAGGAUUCCAACGCGGCUUCGUUUUUGUAGCCAAUCAUUCCUUCCUGAGAUCGCAGCUCGAAAAGAAUCAGCUCGAUGAAAAUCGAGGAACAAAUCUUCUCGCAGUCUGCUUUGACGAAAAUGCACCCGAUCCAGUAUCUUUGCAGAGGGCAUUCGAACCCUUGAUUACAUUUCGGCUUGCAUUGCACAUGUUCCCGCCCAGAGCACAGAAACUUAACCUCCCUGAUGGAAAUCAAAAGGAGAUCCCGUUGUCUGAUCCAGUUAAAGCCGCACUGGCGACCGCAGUUACCGCUUUCUAUACCGCAAACAUUGCUACGCUAUCACAAUGGGCAUUGACUUUCCACUCAAAUGUGAUCAGCCGAAGAAUCAGGAGUGAAAAGAAUGCACCAUUUGGGAGAUGUGCAGAAACGUAUGGAGUCGCAUCGAUGAUGCCGCGAUAUUUCCCUGAGACCAAGGCGAGAAUGCGCGAGGUUCGUGGCGCCGCGGUCGACAUCCGCAUGAUAGGCCUCCGGGCCUUGGGGGACACGGAGGUAUUUGCGCCUACCUUUCCAGACGGCCUAGAUGCGACUAAACCCACGGCUUGGAGACGACCGUGCGAUAAUUGUAAGUCAAUGAUGCCUGCAUUCAAGCUUGGGAGCAAUAUAGAUCAGUGGGAUCAAGAAAUGAGGGCCUGUACUGGGAAGAACAUUCAACAGUAG